GCGGUUCAGCCCGCCCCCAGUACCAGCCCAUUUCCGUUUCCCAAAACUCCAGGCAAGAGAAAUUUUAGAGAAAUCGAAACUACUGGGGAGAGGGUGGGUCCCCCCGAGCACCGUGCCGCCGUCCCAACCGCAGCUUCUCUCUUCUGGCACCAUGAACCGCGUCGCCCAGGCCGCCUUCCCCGGUGCCCACGUGGGCAUACCCCCGGCGUAUGAGAUGCUCAAGGAGGAGCACGAGGUGGGGGUGCUGGGGGCUUCCCAGAGCCCGGCCCCCGUGACGACCACUGUGAUCAACAUCCGCAUGACCAUCGUGUUCAUCAUUAUUUUUGCCACUGGCUCCCUGAUGAUUUUCCAGGCGAUUUCACAGAUUGUAAAGGAGUAUGGAGGCUACUAGUAGCUGCCCGCGGCCACCCCUUCACAGCAGUUUAUACACACCCCCGUCUACAGCUGAAUAAAAGCCGGCGUUCCUGUGUGA